CUAACCCCUUACAUCACAAUCCGUCUCGCAGUUCUGGCACGGAGUUCUUGCAGCAAAGGUUCCUUAGGAUUUUCACCUCAGCCCCUGGGGCUGCGGGAGCGCCCCGCGUGGCGCGUGGCGCGCGCGUCCACGCGUCGGAACCCCCCUCUCCGCGGGCCUCCGUUCAAACGACCCUGGUGGGUCGAGAGCGGAAGGGAGGGAGCGAAGGUAGGAGUCCUGCCUCGCUCACUGGCCUCCCUCCCAACCCCAAGCCGCCCAGCCCCAUGGUCGGCGUGCUGCUCUGGGCCCUGCUGCUGAGUCUGGGGUCCUGGGCGGCGGGGGCCGAAGACCAGACCCAGACUCUGACCGGGACGCCACACAUCAGUUUCAGCUUUGGGGGUCCUCCGAUCCGCCACCGGAGCACCGCCCGGCCCCGUCUUCCCCGGAGGACAAAGAUAAUUCUGGAGGAUGAGGAUGACGCCACGGCCAAUGCCGACCGCCUGGCAGGCCCAGCAGCUGCCGAGCUCUUGGCCUCCACGGUGUCCACAAGCGACAGCCGGUCAUCAAUGUUUGAGGAUGGGUCUUUGGAAGAGGGGGUUGUGAUUAAUGCCAGAAAGAAUAAGUUCAGCCCAGAGACGCCAGGUGCCACUCGCAAUACAGCAGGGGGUUCCACCACGUUUAUAGCUAAUAGCCAGGAACCCGAAAUUAGGCUUAUUACAGGCCUGCCUCGCUCUACCCGUAAGUCCACGGAGGACCAGCUGGCCUCCGCAGCCAGCCUGACUCGGUGGUCGACACCCGGGUCCACCCCGAGUCGGUGGCCAUCACUCUCGCGCACAGCCAUGCCACCUCCUGAGGAUCUGCAUCUGGUGCUGAUGCCCUGGGGCCCGUGGCACUGCCACUGCAAGUCAGGCACCAUGAGCCGAACCAGGUCCGGGAAGCUGCAAGGCCUUUCCGGGCGCCUUCGAGUUGGGGCGCUGAGCCAACUCAGGACGGAGCACAGACCUUGCACCUACCAGCAAUGUGCCUGCAACCGACUUCAGGAGGAGUGUCCCCUGGACACAGGUUUCUGUUCUGGCAGCAACUGUGCCUCUCCUACCACCACCACCAGUACCACCUUCCCCAGCAUCCAAGCUAGACGCCGACCCCUCUUACCACCUCCAACUCCCACCCCCAACCCCGCGCUGGCUUUUUGGAAACGGGUCAGGAUUGGCCUGGAGGAUAUUUGGAAUAGUCUCUCUACCGUGUUCACAGAGAUGCAACCAAUAGACAGAAACCGGAGGUAAUGGCCACUUCAUCUACAAGAGGAGGUGUCAGCAUCUCAACCUCUUUUACCUUUUCAAUUCCAACACCUACUAGAUAUAUUUUUAGUACAGAAAAACAAAACUGGAAAAUACAA